AUGGCCACUACCGCGCGAACCACCACGCCUCUCAAUCUCCAGAUCGGCUGUUUGCAGCUCAAGCCCGAGAUCGGGGAAGUCGACAAGAACAUGGGAGUGGCCAACGAGCUCAUCGACCGGUACUACGCCACUGCCAAGAAGGACGAUAAGACCCCCAAGAUUGAUAUCUUGAUGCUCCCCGAAAUGUCAUUCACAGGUUACAACUUCGAGAGCCCCGAGAACCUCAAGCCAUUCCGAGAAGAAACGGAGUCGUCCAAGUCGAUCGAAUGGGCUAGAGAGUGCGCCAAGAAGAUCGACGGCCACGUGCUGGUCGGAUACCCCGAGUUUAGCCCUCAAGACGAUGCGACCUACAACUCUGUGUCCAUGGUGUCUCCCAAGGGUGAUAUCCUCUUCACCUACCGAAAGUCGUUCCUGUACACCGCCGACGAGGCAAUGGGCAUGAGCGAGUCUCCCGACGGCUUCCAGACAUACGGACCCUUCCCUUCUCUGUCUCAGGACAUCCCUCUCAAGUUCCAGGUGGGAAUUUGCAUGGAUAUCAACCCCUACAAGUUUGAGUCUGCUCCUUCGGAGUACGAGUUUGGCAAUUCAGUCAAGAAGAACAAGGUACCUCUGGUGCUGCUCCCAAUGGCCUGGACUCACUCCAAGUCUCCCUCCCUAGUGCCCGUCAAGUCCUCCGACAAGAUCCCUAUGACUGAGGAGCAGGAGAAGACCCACAGCGAGCUCCGAAACGCCAUUGUGCAUAAGUGCACCAUGCUGCACGGCAAGUCCACCUUUGAUGGACUCAUCACCGAGCCCAAGGAGAUCCCCAAGUACAAGAACGAGGAUCUGGCCACUUUCCACGACUACACUGCCGAUGUCGACAACAAACUGCCUUUGGUGGACACCCUGCAGUACUGGAUCGAGCGUCUGCAGCCCGUGUGGAACCAGAACACGGACGUGGACUUCCCGGUGACCAUGGUGACUGCCAACAGAGUUGGAUUCGAGCAGGGAGACGUCCUGUACGCUGGCUCGUCCAUGUGCGCGGUUAUGGAUCCUCUUCAGCAGAAGAUUUUUCUGCGAGGAGCUCUCUCAGCCGCUGAUGAGGGUCUCAUGGUGUUCAAUGUUGAUUUGAGCGUUCCCAACUAA